AUGGCGAUGGAGGUUGCGGAGCAGUUCUCCGACGAUAGCUUCUCCUACAGCUGGUCGAUGACCAUCGAUUCGUCCGCCGUCGAUCCCUCUGCCUCUCAUGCCUCCCUCGACCGACGGGACGGCACGGGGGCCCUCAUCGACGUGGACCCCUUCGACUUCGACGUCCUUCCUCUCGCCGGUGAACCGUGCGCUGCGCCGGCUCUGGUCCACGCUGAUCAGAUCAUUGCCGACGGCCGGCUUCUCCCGCUUGUUCACCUGCCCAAGCGUAGUACCGUGGGAUCAUCUCCCUCAGAAACUCCUGUGCUACUGCGGUCGCCUUCGGUAGACUCGUCCGAUUCCUUGGCCUCCCGGAGCAACCGGUCGCUCUCGUGCCGAAGCUAUAUGGAAAUAGGACGGUCGUCGAAUUCUUCGACUUUGGGUAGCAAUCCAUCUUCUUCAAGUUCAAGCUCGAGCUCAUCGACGAGUGGAAGUGGUAGGUCCUCCAGGGAGAAGAAAGCGCUCAGGUACUUGUGCUUUCUGCAGCCUUUCUAUAAGACGAGGAGAUCAAGUGGCAAGACAUGGAGCUCGUCCUGGUUGCCUAGGAAGAGCGGAGAUGCCAUCUCCGGGUCACACCGGAGCAACAUGACGGCGGCUGAUGUGGAUACCGAGACGGCGAUUCACGAAGCAGUCCUCCAUUGCAAGAACUCUCUUGGCAAGUUGUAG